AGACAAAAAAUGAUCAUAACCUCCAAGUUGAAGACAUAUCAUUUGAGUUAUUCAGAAUAGAAUAUAAAUAAAUGGUUGAGGAGUCGUAAUGUAAAUGAAAAAAAGUACUUUUGAUAUCACUCAAUAAACAUGACAGAUCAAGUAGACAAUAAUGAAAAGACACUAUUUAUUUUUGGACGAGAUGUUUCAAAAAUACCAUGUUUUCGUAACAGUAUAUUGUAUGGUAUUGGAGGAGGAUUGUGUUCAGGAUUGGCAAGAUUUAUGUUUACCAGUCAACCUCUCAAGUCUGUGAAUUUCGCAGUAUAUUCAUUUUCAUUUAUCACUAUGGUCUAUUGGAUACAGUGCAGAUAUAAGUUUUCUAAAACAAAGUUUGAAAUGCUCAGAAUGCAAGAAAUGCUGCAAAGGCAUGUUUUAAUAGAGGGUACCCAAGUAGAAGAAGAUGUUAAUUUGCAAAACAAACCUGUAGACAUUUAGUUUUAACCUGUGUAGUGCCAUAUAGUUGCAGAUUUUUAAAUAGAAUUGUUACCUAACAAUUAA